GGCGCGGUCGGGAGCGGCGCGGCCAUGGGCUCGGUACGGGCGGCCGACGUGGAGUCGGCGAUGGAGCGGCUGCGGGACCGCGUGCGGCGCACGCCCGUGCUGACUUGCGGGUCCCUGCAGCGGCUGGCCGGCCGCAAGCUGCUCUUCAAGUGCGAGCUCUUCCAGCGCACCGGCUCCUUUAAGAUCCGCGGGGCGCUGAACGCGGUCAGGAUCCUCGUGGAGGACGCGGAGAAGGCAGGGCGGGAGCGGCCCCGCGCCGUAGUGACACACAGCAGCGGGAACCACGGGCAGGCGCUCGCCCGUGCGGCCCGGGAUGAAGGCAUUCCUGCCUACAUCGUGGUGCCCCGCACAGCCCCACGCUGUAAGCAAGCUGCCAUCCGUGCCUACGGGGCCACGCUCGUGCCGUGCGAGCCCAGUGAUGAGUCCAGAGCAGAGACAGCUGCACGCGUGGUCCAAGAGACAGGAGGAGUCAUGGUGCACCCCAACCAGGAGCCAGCCGUGAUCGCAGGGCAGGGAACUAUUGCCCUGGAGGUGCUGGAGCAGGCACCAGAGGUGAAUGCACUGGUGGUUCCUGUUGGGGGCGGAGGAAUGAUUGCAGGAAUAGCAGUGGCCAUCAAGGCGUUGAGACCAGAUGUGAAAGUGUUUGCUGCUGAACCCCACAAUGCAGAUGACUGCUACCAGUCCAAGCUGAGAGGGGAACUGACCCCCAACCGCCACAACCCAGUCACCAUUGCUGAUGCAGUUAAAAGCAGUAUUGGAGAAAACACGUGGCCCAUCAUUAGGGAUUUGGUCGACGAUGUUCUGACCGUCUCAGAGGAAGAAAUCAAGCGAGCCACACGGCUGGUGUGGGAAAAGAUGAAGCUGCUGAUUGAGCCAACAGCGGGUGUGGGAGUUGCAGCCGUGCUCUCAGAGCAGUUCCAGGCAGUCCCCCGGGAGGUGGAGAAUGUUUGCAUCGUGCUGUGUGGAGGAAACGUGGACCUGAGCUCCCUGACCUGGCUCACAGACCUCCCUGGGGACGGAGACUGAGAACAGA